AUGAUUUCACCCUGUUUUUCCUCCACAGAGUGGAGUAGUGUCCGCUGUGUCAUUAAAAGUGAAAGUGAAGAAGCACGUUUUAGAAGAGACGCUCUUUUAGUUUCGUUUAGGUUUUAGUUUUUCACAUCAUUCAGUCUUAGCCUUUAGCUGGUUCAGUUCUCUGUAACGUUAGCUGAAACACAGAGUCACUGUAGCACGUGCAGUGCGCGCGCUGACAGGAGCUGUAGCGUAGCAACGGAGCAUCUAUAGCUACCCAGCUAAUGUCAGACAGCUAUAGCUGAUUCUAUCAGAUAGAUCAAUAAAUAAAGGUAUUCAAUCAGCGCUGUGCGGAGGAUAAGGAUCAGUGAAGCCGGUGGCGGAUGACCGAAGAGCAGAGCUCCGUGGUGUUUAGCGGACUGACAGUUCCACGCGAAGCCGAGGUUGGGCGCGAUGAGCUCGGCCGGGAGGAGCGGGCUGAUCGGGCUGGCUGCCGGGGUCACCCUGAGCACCGGGGUGAUCGCCUUCCUCAUCAUUAGAGAAAUGCUGAGGCGGAGAAACCAGCGGCUCUUACUGGAGACCGGCGGCCCGGGGCAGCUCGUGGUGGACGGGCGCCUCCCCUUAACGCAGCACGGCCGAGACCCGGCCCUGUUGGCAUCUGCCCUGCGUGGUUUGACGCCAGAGCAGCACACUGAGCUGAGGAACACUCUGGAUGAGGUGAUGAUGAGUGUGUCCAGCCUGAGGAACGAAGUGGCUGAGCUCCGAUCUGGCCUGAGCGAAAUCGCUGGCACCAUUAUUGAGGAUGUUCGUAAAGGAGUGGAGGAGAGUCAGAGGUCACGGCGGCGGCGGCACUUUUUGCCGCGGGAGCGCUCUGACUCCAUGAGUUCCAGCUCUAUCUAUUUCACUGCCAGUACCGGCACAGCCAGUGCUUAUGAUGACAGUGAGGGAGGAUAUUCUACAGCCUACUCCAAUGUUGAGUCGGAUUACACAGACAGAGAGACGGAUAGAGAGUCAGAUAAAGAGGGAGAAGCCGAUGAAGAUAACGAUAACUCGGACGAUGAUGAGGAAAAGAGCUGUGUUACAGUGCUGACACUCAGACAGGACGACUCUCAGCAAGAGGAAGAUGAAGGAGAUGAUGAUUAUGUAGAAGAGGUUGCAGUAACGGAGGAGCCGAGCCCUGAACUCGCUCUUCUGCUCACCCACAGUGACCUGCUGCACAAUGGAGACUCUGACAAGAAAGCAGAGGGGUUUAAUCUACUGAGAGAAAACAAACCUCUGUAUGGCAAUAGCGUAGAGUUUCUCUGGCGACUGGCUCGAGCCUACAAUGACAUGUGUGAGCAUGUGGCAGAUCAGGAGGAGAAGCGGAGCUAUGCAGAGCAAGGUCGUGAUGAGGCAGAAGCAGCACUUCAGCAUAAUGGACUUAAUGCAGAAUGCCAUAAAUGGUUUGCUGUUCUGACUGGUCAGUCAUCACAGUAUGAAAGCAUGCAUGGUAAACUGAAAAGCAGCCAUAUUCUGAAGGAGCAUCUAGACAGAGCUCUGUCUCUCCGAGAUGACGACCCACUCUGUUACUACCUGCUGGGCCGCUGGUGCUUUGAGAUAAGCCGACUGAGCUGGGUGGAGAAAAAAACAGCAGCUGCUCUUUUCGAGACUCUGCCUGACUCCUGUCUGAACGACGCUCUAGAGAAUUUCCUUAAGGCUGAGGAGCUGAACCCAGGUUUCUCCAAAAACGUGAGAUUGUACAUUGCGAAGUGUCAUAAGGAGCUUGGGAAUCACUCAGAAGCUCGAAACUGGGCCCAGCUAGCUCUGAGCAUGCCUAGCAACAGCCUCCAGGAUUCUGGCGUAUCUGCUCUGGAGGCAGAGCUACAGAUUUUGAUUGACCGCACAGCAGACCUAUCGGUGUGAAGCUAGAGAUGACUGAGUCGGGGCUUGGGUAAAUCUCUUUGAUCUGCGGGGUCUGGCAUUGCAGGAGUACAACAUUCAGCAGCUCGCUCUGUUCUACAGGGCUCAUCUGUGAGGAAUCCUUCAGGAAGUAAUGGUUUCAUUUAUUGAAUGAAUUCCUGCAUAUCUGGGGCAUUCUCACAGUCAUGACAAAUACUGUGAAUUAACUGACUAAACCUUCUUGGAGGUGUAAACACCUAGUGGAAUUAAUUUAAGGAAACCUGAAUGAUUAAAUUGGAUUUAAUUUAACAGAAAAUAUUUAUACACAGAUAUUGUAUUUAAACCUUACGCUGUGGUAAACAUGUGUUAAGAACUAUUAAAUACUAAGAAUUCCAUAUAUUUAGUUUUAUCUACAUUUUCUUCAGAAUGGAUGUCUGGAACUACGAGCUCCUCAGCAAAAAAGACCAGUGCGCAGUGUUUAGUGUUUAGAUUGGGAGUUAUAAGGCUUUUUGGCAGUUUUUGGCUGUAGUUUGAGAAGCUACUGUUGUUUUCCAAGUGUUCUAUUCUGAAAUAAAUGACAACAGUGAUUGCUUAGCAUUUGUUUCUACUGUAGCUCCUAAAUACCAAGUGUCACAAAAGUGAGUACAGCCCUCACAUUUCUGCUUUUCAUGGAACAAACCAUGACAAAGUGAAAAGUAGUCUGUGUGCAGCUUAUAUAACAGUAUAAAUUUAUUCUUCCCUCAAAAUAACUCAAAAUACAGCCAAUAAUUCUAAACAACCUGCAACAAAAGUGAGUACACCCCUUAGUGAAAUGUACAGACUUCAGAAGAGUCCUCCUUCUGGGGUGACAGACAUCUAGACCAAUUUGAUGUAGUGUGCAGUGUAUGGUCUCUGCAGCAAUGCUGACAGCACUCCUGCAUCAAUCUUUUAAAGACUGCACAUGCUCAGCGUCACGUUCAAAUGCUCUCAGCUUCUUUAGAAGACCAACGCAAGGUCUGUUCUUUGAAAAUGCUGGAUGAUCUUGGCCACUGUGCUGCAGCUCAGUUUCAGGGUGUUGGCAAUAUUCUUGUAUCCUUUGUCAUCUUCAUGUAGUGCAACAAUUUGUCUUUUGAGAUCCUCAGAGAGUUCUUCGCCAUGAGGUGCCAUGUUGGAACUUUCAGUGACUAGUAUGGGAGAGUGUGAGAGCUUUACUACAAAAUUUGAACACACCUGCUCCUUAUGAACACCUGAGACCUAGUAACACUAACGAGUCACAUGAUAUUAUGGGGGGAAAAUGACAUUUAGGGAUAAAGUCUCUUAGGGGUGUACUCACUUUUGUUGCCGGUGGUUUAGACAUUAAUGGUUGUAUAUUGAGUUAUUUUAAGGGAAGAAUAAAUUUCAACUGUUAUAUAAACUGCACACAGACUACUUUUCACUGUGUCAAAGUGUAAUUUUGUCAGUGUUGUCCCAUGAAAAUAUAUAUUUAAAUAUCUGCAGCAAUGUAAGAGUGUACUCACUUUUGUCAUUCACUGUUUGCUUGCAAUACAAAGUUUCUAGAGACAUUCGGGAGACAGAAUGUAUGUUUUUUUUUUCUUUCCUUUCUUAAAGAAAAUGUGUGUUUACCACAGUGUGAGACAAGGGACAUUUUCUAAAAUUCUGAAAUCCAGCUCAGACUGACUUGUAUACGUAUAUAAACAAAAUAGAAAAACUAAUAAUAUAAUAUAGAAACAUUGUUUAUCUGUGGGAUGAUUGACUGGGACUGACCCAUUAAGUGUUACUGGAAGAGACUUUGUGGUUAUGGUCACAAAUUCAUAAUGAUCUUUAAACCAGGUCAACAGUGUGUAUGCAUGUGACCUGAAUGCAUCAUUUGUGUGUCUAUCUACGGGUUAUUUUCACAAAUAAGUUUACAACCGAGUGCAAGUGUUUAGGUACCCUUCCUAACUUCUGAUUCUGUGUAUAAUUGAAAUUCGGACUGUACAUAAACACAGAGAACACAUUUCCGCACAAUUACUGUUUAUUUAAUAAAUGCAUUACACAUUAGGUGAUAGUAAAACUAUACACUUAGUUUUUCUUCCCUGGUGUGUUACAUUUAGUAAAUAAACAAAACUAUUAACUAUUCCAACAUGGCAUUGAAGCAGGGGUGCAAAAACUUUCACAUGUAUCUAUUGGUCCAAAAGGAAGGUCUCACCCAUAUCUGGUUAAGUGAGAAGUCCUGCUUGGUAGAAAACUGAUGCAUCAUUCCAAACAAAAUGCAUCGGUGUUAUAUCAAAGCCACCACCGUUUGAAAGCUCUAGCUGCUCUUUCCAUUAUGUGAAUAGACCAACAGAUACUUUGACAAAUUUGUGACCAAAAUGAACUUCUAUUUAUUUAGGAAAGCACAGAUAUGUUAAUUGUACACUUCGAUAGAGCAUUACUCAUGUACUUUAACUUCAUAAAGCCCAAAAUUCUAUUCCCAUUAGUAUAGUAUGAUUACUUAUCAGUUUGGGUAAAACUGUUAUAUAUAGAACUGGAAGAUAUAUCUUCUUUUAUCUGAAGCUGAAUAUUGAUUUACAGCCACAGUGUAUUCAGAUGCCAAUAUUCACUUGAAGGGAUUAUCAGCAAAUAAUUGAAAACACCAAAAUUAAAUCUUAAAUUGUUGUUUAAUUUUCCUGUAAAACAUUACAAGGAGUUACAAAGGGUUUUAUUACAACAGUGAUGUAAAAUCUAAAUGUAAGGGGAGAGUAUCAGUAAAUUGUACUGCCCAAAAAAAACUCAAUUAAACCCAGAAUUCUGAACAGCAGCCGCAUACGCAUACAUCAUAGAGCUGUAUGAUUUCUUUUUGUUCUUUUGUCAGAAAUUCUGCAGAUCAGCAUAUUUGAUUCGUUAAGGUUUAUCCUAAUGAACACUGUGUAUUUAUGUUCAAGUGUAACUUAUAUCAGGACAUCCUGAGAUCAGCCUUCAGGCAGUGCUAAUGUUAAAGCUCAAUUAAAAAUUUCCUCAGCUUAAUUAAUUUACUUUUUAAAUAAAAUGUAUUUAUUGUUUUUAUUUUAAGUUAAGACAUUCCUGCCUGAUUGGUUCUAAUUGUUUGCUGUUUAGUAAUGAGUGUGUGCGUUCAGUUAUAUACAAACUGUUUUAAUGUGCUUUUUCACUUGUUUGCCUCAUUAAACAUUUUCCAGAAUGCCUGAAA